CGCCUAGACCUAGGGUUGCUUCCUUCCUUUUAACCUCGCGCCGCCAUCCGACGCCCAUCUGCUCCACCCUCCACCCAGCCGCCGCCGCCGCCGCCUAAGGAGAAGAGGGUCCGGCCGUCUCCUUGCCCCGAUGGCGUCCGAGAAGAAGCAGUCCAACCCGAUGCGGGAGAUCAAGGUGCAGAAGCUGGUCCUCAACAUAUCCGUAGGGGAGAGCGGCGACCGCCUCACCCGCGCCGCCAAGGUGCUGGAGCAGCUCAGCGGCCAGACCCCCGUCUUCUCCAAGGCGAGGUACACGGUGCGCUCGUUCGGCAUCCGGCGUAACGAGAAGAUCGCCUGCUACGUCACGGUCAGGGGCGACAAGGCCAUGCAGCUGCUUGAGAGCGGCCUCAAGGUCAAGGAGUACGAGCUGCUCAGGAGGAACUUCAGCGACACCGGCUGCUUCGGGUUCGGCAUCCAGGAGCACAUCGACCUUGGUAUCAAGUAUGAUCCAUCAACAGGCAUCUAUGGGAUGGACUUCUACGUCGUGCUUGAGCGUGCUGGCUAUCGCGUCGCGCGCCGCAGGAGGUGCAAGUCCCGUGUUGGGAUUCAGCAUAGGGUGACCAAGGAGGACUCCAUGAAGUGGUUCCAGGUCAAGUAUGAAGGUGUCAUCCUCAACAAGGCUCAGGCCAGCACGAUUUAAACCUCACCUGUGGGGCAAAACAGCUCUCGCUUCAUCUCCAUGUGAACGCAAGAUCACCUUCCAAGGUUUUUGUUUGAGUUGUAUCCUCUGGCCUGACUUUUUAGUCUACUAGCAGAGCUAUAAUCACUAUAUGAAUUAUUUUUUGUGCCCUUACCAUACUCUGCUGUUGCUUGAGAAUAUGUUAUUAGUCUGUCCUAGCUCUUCUUUGGUUACAUGCUUUGUUUACCGCA